GCCGACAAGCAACUUCUAUUUUAAGGCAGGAGCUAUGUUUCUACCUUUAACACCACCACCAUGUCUUCGCUCCUCCCACCAAACCUGUUCGACCUGCCCUCUCACGAGCACACAGCAUACGAAUCUUGCUUGAACCUCGAAGCUUCUGAUCUGUGGGACCUGUCUUCUGAACCCGCGGCCAUGUAUAGGUUCAGCCCUCAAGUCGCCGCUCGAGUCUUGGGUUACGCGCUUAUUUACCACCCAGGCUCUUCUAUGGUCAUGGCGCGAGAGAUGUCGGGUUGUGGUGAUAACGCCGAGUUUAUGGCGGGGUUGAGGUAUUUGUAUGUUAUGGGUGUGAUUAGGAUGUUUAAGGGUUCGGUACUGGCCCAACCAGAGUCACCGCCAGACAGCAUCGAUAUCGCAGCCCUCGAAUUUGUCGCAAUCCACCGCAAAGACUCGGAGCGUUGUUCAGGUUCUCAGCUGAGGCUACAAGUUUUGGCGCGAGACAACUAUCGGUAUAUACUCUCAGGGAACGCGGACGCUGCCAGCCUUCGCAACGGGCUGACGACGAUCGAUUUAGCUGCUGGGGAGAGGAAGGCGGAUAUGGAGCUGUGUUAUAUCUUCAAGAUGACUGGGGAUGAGGAACAGGGGUAUAUAGGAGGAGGACUGACGGAGGCGGCGCGGAGGAAGUUAGGUUGGGCGUCUUCUGCUGCUAUCGUUCUUGAGCGACUAGCCAGUAUCUCACUCGUCCAGGACAUUCACGAGGCGGAGAAUACGUUCACGAUAUCGCCCAACCUCCAUGGUCCAUGGGACCAGCUCCAGAUUUCUCUUCAUCCAAUCGCCAGUGAGGAGGAUGAUAGCAGCAACAUGUAUGAAAUCCACACCUACCCUCCCUCCGAAAACGCGCAGUACGGUCUUCCCUACCGUACGACGAAUACCCUUCCCAGCCGUCGUUAUCUCGUGCUCCACGAUGCUUGUGCAAAGAUUGCGUAUCUCUCGGGUGCGGGAGAGGUCAUGGAGCGGUUGUUCUGGGAUGUGGGGGAUGCACGGGUCUUCGCGGAGGAUGGGGGGGGGAUUGGGGUCUUUUAGGUUUGGCGCUGUGUUUGUCGCAAUGAUACAUUGAUUGCUGCGCAUGCUUAGUUCGAUGUCUGUAGCCUUCCUCCAGCUAUGUUUAUUAAUAAUAAUAAUUUAUUUAAGAGUAACACACAUCUACUUACAUCCAUUGAACGACUUUUCUUCAUACGGAUCGUUGAGUC